CGCGCUAGGCCAUUUGCAGUUUUUUCGGGCAAACAUUGGACCUACGACGCGAAAUUUUUGCAAACUAUUACAUUUUAAUCAAUUAAAUCGGAAGUACGCCAUAUUGCAAAGAUGCAGCAGCAGCAGCCUGGAACCCCCGGCACACCCAACAGCAGUGCAGCCUCGACCACGACGUCUUCCGGCGGGCACUUGGCGUCGCGCGGAUGCAAGGCACCUGGAUGCACAGUGUCCACCGUUGUGGAGAAGACCAAGCGCAAGUGCUCGCAGUUCGUGUCGUCGCCGUACGUGAUACCCAAGCCGGUGCUCGUCAACGGCCACUCAUCGGUGUUCCAGGUGGGGGGGGAGAUGGCCAAGGUGGUCGAUAUUCCAUCGAUUUCCAAUGCCAGUGGCGGCGAUUCCGGCAAGCCCAUCUAUCGCAUCAAGCCGGGCACCCAUGCCCACGUGAUGAACUUUGUGCUCAUCGACGAGGGCUCCGAUUCGCUGGAGAAGGCCAUGUCGGGCGACCAGGAGGCCAUGCGCAUGGUGGUAGACUCCCAGCGUGAGUCCGCCAUCAGCAAGCUGAACAAAAUGGUGGCCUGCCACCGGGGUGCGGCUGUGGCGGCCAAACCAACCAGCAAGCCUCCUCCUCAGCCAGCCACUCCGGCGGGCAACGUGCACGUGACUACGCCACAGAUUCAUCCAGACUUUUCGAUUGCCAGUGUCGAGGGUGCUGUGCCCUUUACCGGCGCUGCCCAAAAACCAGCCGCCCAAAAACCAGCCGCCCAAAAACCAGCCGCCCAAAAACCAGCCGCACAAAAACCAGCCGCCGCACCAACAGUGGCCCCAGCCCCCGCCCCCACAGCAGUGGCCAAUCCAUCCAACGCCCGACUCCAGUGUGGGCCGCCUGCCCCGCGCCGUUAGCUUCCCCCACGGGGGGCACUAUAAUAAACCCUAGUCUAAACACUAAGCCUAUUCCAAGAUAUGCCCAGAUAGAUAAAUAUAAAGCCUGACUUGCAGUAAAGUCCAAAGAAGGAAUCAUUUUAAGACGUAUCCCUGUCACUCUUCCAAAAUAUAUUUAUAUUUUAUUAUAUUUUUUCAUAUUAAUCUUGUUAGCCAGCUAAUGCCUUUCGGCGCCUUUCAAUUUGUUUCCCGGUCUGAUGUGGGUCUUCUCCACAUUCGCCAUGGACUGUUAGGAUGGUUGGGAUUAAAUGCCCGCCAUUAUAGUUAUAAGAACUCCCGAGAGAUGUGUUUCCUGUUACACUGAUCAACGAAUAUUUGCUAUUUGUAAA